AUGACCACCCAGGAGGCGUUGGAGCACCAGCACCACCAUUUGGGGGGCACGCAAACCCCCCACGACAUCUCAAACUCCGCCAACUCCACCCCCACGAAUGUCUCAUCUAAGUCCGCGUUCAUCGAGCUCCAACAGCACGGGUAUGGGUUCAAGGGAGGCUACCAGCAUCCCCACCAUUUCGGGAGUCCGGGGGGGCAACAGAACCCCCAUGAAGCGUCGGGAUUCCCCAGUCCUAGAUCGUUAGGUUACCCCUUCCCUCCCAUGCACCAGAAUACCUAUGGGUAUCAUUUAGGUUCCUAUGCCCCCCAAUGCGCGAGCCCUCCGAAAGAUGAAAAAUGUGGCCUUUCCGAUGACCCGGGUUUAAGGGUAAAUGGAAAGGGCAAGAAGAUGAGAAAACCGCGCACCAUCUACUCCAGUCUUCAGCUUCAGCAACUAAAUAGGAGGUUUCAAAGAACGCAGUACCUGGCACUACCAGAGAGAGCAGAGCUCGCGGCUAGCUUAGGAUUAACGCAGACACAGGUAAGUGGCUUACAAUAA